AUGGCAGGCUUUCUGCGUGGAAAACAAGCAGGUAUUCAAAAUGAUCUUUCCGCGGGUAUCCUGCCAGGUUUAUUUGCGCCGGAUGACCUGGAUCGUUUCGGCAUCAAUUCUCAAGUAGGAUCUCUCGCAUUUGAUCCAGUACAAUCUUUACUUGCAGUCGGAACGAACGAGACAACCUUUGGAAGCGGACAAAUCUAUAUCUUUGGCCAGAAGAGAGUACAAGCCAAGCUUACUUUACCCCGCCGAGCAUCAGUCAAAAUUUUACAAUUUUGCGCCGACAGACUUAUCAGCGUUGAUUCGAAGAACGAAGUGAUAGUAUGGGAUUUGGCAACGGCGAAAAAGUUGGUGGCUUACUCUCCGCCAGGAGUUGUGAUCACUAUUGUGACGGAUCCUAUGCUGGAUUGGUGUUUGAUCGGAUUACAAACUGGAGACAUCAUAUGCUACGACUUAGAUAGAGAGAAGCUUGCGCCUUUACGACUUCCAAAUUUCUGGCGCGAAAAGAAUCCUCGGUCGAGAUUAUUGAGUUGUGUGUCUCUACAAUUACAUCCCAGAGAUAUUGGACAAUUGUUGAUAGGAUAUACGGAGGGAGCGGUGAUAUACUCGUUCAAACAGAACAAACCCAUCAAAUUCUUUCAAUAUGAAAUCCCAGCUGGAGCUCCUGGUGGAAAUGGAGAUCCAAUGGGAAAGAAUGCGCCGAGACAACCGCGUCUUACGCAAGCGCUAUGGCAUCCAACAGGUACGUUCAUUGCUACAGCGCAUGAUGAUGCAAGUAUCGUCAUUUGGGAUCCUAAAGAUGGAAGAAUUGUGAUGGCUCGAACUUUACAAGAUACACAUGUGAAUGUACCUGAUUCUCGACAGGAAAGUCCUAGCAGUAACGCUGGUACUUUCUCUCUAAAGGGAGAUUUCGCAAAGAUAGCUUGGUGUUGCAAGGAUAAUCCCGAUGAUACUGGUCUUCUCGUAGCUGGAGGUGUACCUACCACCAUGGCUACCAAAGGUAUGACAUUCAUGGAAUUGGGAGUAACUCCAGUGUAUGCGACAUCAACUUGGCCAGUCUUAACUGAUCACUUUAACACGAAACGUCAGCACUUCAUACCAACUCCAACUGGUGCCGAAAUCGUGGAUUUUUGUCUGAUCCCUCGUAAUUCUCCACAUUUUGCCGGUGCUCAAGAUCCUAUUGCCAUUAUUGCACUUCUCUCAUCUGGAGAGCUCGUUACAUUGAGCUUCCCUAGUGGUCAUCCUAUCUCGCCCACCAAUCAACUCCAUCCUUCCCUUUCAUUUAUUCAUCCUUUUGUCAAUUUCAUGGCAGUAUCUGCUGUAGAUCGAGGACGAUGGCUUGGAAUGACAGAAACUCGUGCCAUAGGUCCUCAGCUUUUAAAAGGAGGAGCAGAAGGAGUAAAACAUCUACGGAGAUCUGAAGCACGGAAUGUCAUUCAGACCGCUCACGGGGAUGGCACUGUCAGGAUCUGGGACGCUGGACAUGGGGAUGAACUAGAAAAUUCUAGCGCACUACAAGUUGAUAUCGCCAGAGCCGUUGCACGUCGUGAAGAUGUCAAUAUUUCUGCUAUCAAUAUGGCUUCAACUACUGGAGAAUUGUGUGUUGGUACCACGGCUGGCGAAGCUGUGGUUUAUAGAUGGGGUGGUAACAGAGCGUAUGGUAGUGAGCAACCACCGAAUGAGACUCGACGAGGAGGUAUUACGGAUAUUUCCGUCCGUGGUGAGCCAUCUCUCAAAGAAGGUCUACAGCCAUUCAUUCUUUAUGACAUGGCACAAGGACCCAUAAGUGCGAUACAAAUGUCAGAUGUCGGAUUCGUCGGAGUUGGAUCUGAAGGCGGAGUCUUCUCAAUCAUCGAUCUCCGAGGGCCAUCUGUCAUUUUUACCGCCGCAAUGAGUGACUUCAUAAAACAAGACAAAAAAAGUGGUUUUAUGAGAAAGGGAAGUAGCCAAACUUCUCCGAAACCAGAAUGGCCUGUAUGUAUCGAAUUUGGUGUCAUGACGCUGGACGACGACAAGUAUUCUAGCAUUGCUUGUUUCGUGGGAACGAGCAAUGGUAAAGUUGCCACUUUCAAGGUCUUACCACAGCAAAAUGGCGGAUACACAGCUCAGUUUGCGGGAGUAACUGCUUGCUCCGACAAAGUAAUUUCAAUCACACCCAUUGUGGCUGAAACGGGACAACCCGCAUUAGCAACUGGACCUACGGUAGCUGCGCUUCGCAGUGGACAGCAAACUCAUGGUGCUCUUGUAGUUGUAACUCAAACCGAAGCCCGCAUCUUCAAACCUUCUAGCGCUAGAGGUGCUCACAAAACCUUCGACGAUGUCUUUUGUGACUCCGCUGCCGUCACCGAAUUCGAACUUCAUGGUUUUGCUCUCGUAGGAGUUUUUGGCGAUGGAACAGCUCGCGCUUACUCGCUCCCAGCCCUCAAAGAAAUUGGAAUGUCCAAACUCGAUAUGUUAGACAAAACUCGCUCUUCUAACAGUCUUGUCACACCCUCUGGCGAUAUCUUAGGCUGGACCGGCCCGAGUGAGAUCGCGAUGGUCAAUGUCUGGGGAACUGGAUUGCCACUCGGCAGAAGCCAAGAUAAACUAUACAACCCGGAAGCCUUAAUCCCUCCACGUCCCACCAUCUCAAAUCUCCAAUGGAUAUCAGGAACUCAAUACGUUUCACCCACCGAUUUGGAUCUCCUAAUCGGUGGUCCAGAUCGUCCAGCUAGUAAACGCAUGCUCGCUGCAUCAGCCGAGGAGGGUCGUUUGGCUCGUAGUGCUGGUGGUGGAGCCGGACCUAGUGCGAGUCAAGGUCAAGAAGGAUGGGGUGAUUAUAUGACAAGACAGCUUAAUGAGAGGACGGAGAAACUUAAUAUUAUGGGGGAUAAUAUGGAUAAAGUGCAGGAGAAUAGUGCGGGGUGGGCAGAUGAUGUUAAUAAGUAUGUUAAUAAACAAAAGAGGAAUAUGGUAUUAGGGGGCAUUACUGGGAAGUGGUUUUAG